AUAUGAGCCACAGAUUCAUAAAAAAACUGCUGCCACAUAACCAGGCUCUUAGGCCCUUCAUACCCUACUAUCCCUGUAUCUAUCCAAACUUCCUUUAAACGUUCAAAUCGAAAUCUCAUCCAUCACUUGCGCUGACAGUUAGUUCCACGCUCUCACCAACCUCUGAGUGAGCAGUUUCCCCUCAUGUUCCCCUUAAACUUUUCACCUUUCACCCUUAACCCAGUAGUCUCACCUAACCUCAGUUCAAAAAAAGACAAUGCUCGCAUUUACUUCAUCUCCACCCCUCAUAAUUUUGUGUACUUCUGUAAAAUCCCCGCUCAUUCUUUGGGGAGUAAAGUUCUUCAGCAUGAAUCCGUAGGUUGUGUCCAGUGAUCAGUUCAGUGUUCAACGCUGACAGGCUGUAAAACAUAGACACGACGAGAGGGAAAAAUAUCGUACCCAGGGAACGGGAGCUCCUGGCCCAAGGACAUGUUGUGACUUAUUUCCCAGGGUGGAAAUGGAAUACGAGGGGGCAUCAUUUUAAGGUGAUUGGAGGAAAGUCUAGGAGUUGGAUGUGGUGGGUGCGUGAAACGCGCUGCCGGGGUGAUAGUGGAGACAUUAGAGACAUUUAAGAAACUCUUACAUAUCCACAGAGAUGAUAGAAAAAAAUGAGGGUUAUGCGGGAGGGAAGGGUUAGAUUGAUCUCAGAGUGGGUUAAAAGGUCAGUAUUAUACUGUGGGCCAAAGAGCCUGUACUGUGCGGUAGUCUAUGCCCUGGAUGAUGAAUACCCCAACAGCGAUAGGAAACUACGCGCUGGCAUCUGUUGAUAAGCAAGCGGCGAUCUCUGUCUCUGACACACGCACGGGCUGCCUCCAGUGCUUCGGACUGCGCUUCCUCUCCUCUCCGGGUACCAGUCUCUCUGAUCUCCGGGUCUCACAGUUCACUGCUCUCCAUCCGUGCGCUGCCUCCCUCGUACCCCGACGGCUCCCCGGAGGGAGAGCGGGGCAGCCUCGGAGCCGGGAACAGGGAGUGCGGCGUGUGAUGCGAGGAGCGCGUCGUUUCUCAGCAUCAGCAGCCGGGCAGACAAAGAGCGGAAAUAAGGUCCAGCCGGCAAAGCAGGACAGCCAAGGCGCUCUCCCUCGGCACCCCCGCCCCCUCCUCCUCCACGCACACCCACCCCGGACGAGUCUUCCCGUCAGCCGGCAGCCCGUCGAGAGAGCCACGCGUCCAAACUGGGAUCUAUGAGCGGGAAAGUGACCAAACCAAAGGAAGAGAAGGAUGCCGCCAAAGUUCGAGAUGAUGCUGUCCCUGACACACAGGAUUACUAUGUGUUGCAUCGAGACUCUAUCCAAUCCGCCGAUGUUAAGAAAAAAGAGUCUCCGUUUCGUGCUAAAUGUCACGAAAUCUUCUGCUGCCCUCUGAAGCAAGUCAACCACAACGAAAACACAGACCUGGAAGAGCCUCAGCUUAAAGGCAUCGUAACCAAGUUGUACAGCAGACAAGGCUUCCACCUGCAGUUACAACCAGAUGGCGUUAUCGAUGGGACGAAGGAGGAAGGCAGUAGUUACACUUUAUUCAACCUCAUACCGGUGGGUCUUCGUGUUGUUGCCAUCCAAGGUGUGAAAACAGGUCUCUACCUGGCAAUGAACAACGAGGGUUACCUUUACACAUCAGAACACUUCACCCCUGAGUGUCGGUUCAAGGAGUCAGUGUUUGAAAACUACUACGUGACCUACUCGUCCAUGUUGUACAGACAGCAGCAGUCCGGCAGAGGCUGGUACCUGGGCCUCAACAAGGAGGGAGAAAUCAUGAAGGGGAACCACGUGAAGAAGAACAAACCAGCCGCCCACUUCCUCCCCAAACCACUAGAGGUUGCCCUCUACAGAGAGCCAUCACUCCAUGAGUUGGCGGAGGUUCUGUCUCGCUCGGGCACCCCCACCAAAAGCAGAAGUGCCUCGGCCGUGCUAAACGGGGGCAAGGCAGUCAGUCAGACUGAAUCAACGUAGCCAGCUGGAGGGACUGCCAGGUUCAGGCUCAUCGCCAGUGGAUGCUCUCAACCGGUUACUAACAGACACUCUCUUUCUGUUGUAAAAUGACUCAGGAAACCAGCUGCUGGGCUGGGUAGAGUCGCUCUCCUCUCCGCCUUUUAGGUCUUCUGGUUUUUCUGGGGGUGGAUAAAUCCCGAUAAUUUUAGCUGAGAAAACGCUUGUGCAGCUCUCCAGACAUCCUGGAGAGCCGACGGAACCUCAUUUUGGAAAAGUGGUGCAGCAGAAGAAAUGCCCCAAACGUCCCGACGUCUGACUUCUCACUGGGAAAAGAAUCAUUAAAAGUAUCACAGCUUGUUCGUCAGCCGAGGGCAAGUUACACUUCAACAUUGAACACACACACACUCCAAGUUCAGACUACAUUGGCUGUUACCAGAGGAUUGUAGAUACCUUUGGGUUUUACUAAAGGAAUGAGGAGCACACAAAAUCUAAUUGCAUCAUGUUCUUGGCUCAGUGCUGUUUGGCCCCAUCUGAUACAUUAGCGUCUCCUUUCUUUUCUUCAUAGGUAGUGUUCUGCUCUCCUGCAGUUCGAUAGUUUUUUAUACUCCAACAAAUUAAUAGAAUCUCUUUCAAAAGCUAUUCAGGGUUGCUAACUCAAAAACUGACGGGAAUGAAGCCGUAUCUCAGGCUAAUUACACCGUGGUUGAAAUUGUAACUGAAAACAGACUUGAGGAAAGGGUUUCUAGAUUUGUAGUAACAGUACUAUAUUAGAGUAACACCUAGAGUCCGGAUAUCUACUGGUUAGCAAAUUUCACCCUUGUGACUUGUUCUCACCUUGUGAUUUGCACUUUGACCUUUAUUGUGGUGACUUUUAUUCUUAAGGAAACUGUAGAGUUUUGGGUGACUUCAUUUUUAUAACAAAGAAGAAAGUCUUAUUUGUAACACACUGCCGGAUAUUCUUUUCUUGUGCUGGGCAUGGUGGGAAUUGUUGUGAAUGAAGUUUCCUUUGGGGAGUUUACCCAAAACACAUGCUACACAAAGGUUGUUGUUAAUCUGUCUGUUAGUUUAGACUUUCAUUUUGGUUUAUUUGUUGCAUGGGAGAAAGGUGGUGAUAACGGAAUAGAGCUGCAUGACUUAGGAUUUGUGUGUUAAACAUGUUGGAUAACCUGCUCAACGCAUUUCAUGGGUUAUAAUGACAAGCAGUUUCUCUGCUACUCUACUCUUGACUUGUUUAUUAUUUGUUGUACAUACCUACCAACAGAUGCACUGAAUAAAAUAUUUAUA